AUCAGAUCUUCGAAACAAUGUUGCGUAAACUUCAGCCCAUGGGCUUCGGACGACCGAUGCCGCCGUUAUUAGAAAUCCCCUUCGCUCAGAGACUCUCCGCCUGGUGGGUAAGAAGAUGAUGAACAGAUUCAAUAAGGGACACGCCUAGAAAAAUAUAUAACAUGAUUGAAGCCCAGUGCUACAUAGGAAGAAGGUGAAAAAGGAACACAAAACUAUUGUACUGUUUGUCAUAUUUGAGUUUCCCCUAUCAUCAGUUGCAGUUGUUUUACAAGAAGAAUCUUGCACUUGUGCACCAUGCCUAGCAAGCUCCGUGACAAUGUGUCUCGCGUGAAAAAGUUCAAUCCAUUGGGCAUAUUAACAUUUAUUGGGCUACGCGCGGCCGAUUCUCUUUUCCAGUACGCCCUGCUUCAGCGAGGCUGGGCAUCCAGCUUGGUCGAGCUCGUCGGUGCUACAGCAGUGAAUCGCAACCUCAUUGUUCAUGACUCGACGGGUCAACUGCACCCUUAUUAUGCUAUUAUUUCAUUUAUGGCUCUCGGUAGCAGUGUGAAGCAGAUUUUGAACGCACUGCUCGUCUUGGAACAAGAAAUGUCACCAUCAUCAGCAAUUGUCAUUGCACUCUUCAACACUGUAUGCAACUCGCUGAAUACUAUCCUAUCGGUCUGGGUGAUUACAGCACAAGCGCCGGGCCGGCUAAGCUUCUCUGGCAUUCUUCAGUAUCGACUUUUGCUUGCCGGUGUCGGGUUCUACAUGGGCGGUAUUCUUGUAGAGGCCACCUCGGAACUACAAAGACGUUCCUUUAAGAAAGAUCCCACCAACAAAGGAAAGCCGUAUGCUGGCGGAUUAUUCUCUGCAGCAAGACAUAUCAACUACGGCGCCUACACGAUUUGGCGAGCCGCGUAUGCAUUCACCUCGGGUGGCUGGCCAUGGGGCAUUGCCGUCUUCUCGUUCAUCUUCUACGACUUCGCGACUCGGGGUGUUCCAGUUCUUGACAGAUAUCUUCUGGACAGGUAUGGUGAACAGUGGCAGGCAAUCAAGGACCGGGUUCCUUAUCGUCUGAUUCCUGGCAUUUAUUGAGAUGCACAGUCUGUCUUUUACUUUCGAUGGAGCCUGGACCGGUUGUUACUAUAAGUUCCCCCCGGAUUCACCCUAUUCAACCCAAUGAUGGCUAUUCCAUCACUUCUAUCACCAAACAAGGAGGUGUGGUUUUGACGGUGAGGCAAGAUAAUGUACUCUGAAGAGUCGUGCUGUGUUAAUAGGAGUAUAUACAUAGGCAUAUUUUAACUGAAG